AUGGAUGCUUUACUUAAAAAACGUUCUAGGGUUAAAGCCUACAUUACUAGAAUUGAAAAUUUUGUUAACAACAAUGAAAAUAAUUUAGAUGUAGAUAUUAAUGAGUUUGUAACAAGGGAGGUUCAAUUACAAUCAACUUUUGAAAAUUAUUCGGAAAUUCAGGCAGAUAUUGAAGGGUUAGAUGAGGAUCAGGAAAGUGAUCGUGAAAACGUGGAAAAUCAAUAUUUUAAAAUAUGGGCUAAAAUUAAAACUAUAAUUCAAAAUAGGAAUUUAACAAACUUGCAACAAUUUCCCCCGCAACCUGCCAUGCAUCUCCCUCAAUUAGAAAAUAAUAACAGGGUAAAAUUACCAAAUUUAAAGACUCCUACUUUCUCGGGAAAGUAUGAGGACUGGAAGGGUUUCAUUGAUUUAUUUAACGCAUUAAUUCAUGAAAAUUCUCAACUCACAAAUGUUCAAAAAUUUUUAUAUUUAAAGGGCGCACUUUCGAAUGAGGCAUUACAUAUUAUUAACGAUUUAGCAUUAACAGAAAUUAAUUAUGGGGUGGCAUUAGAUUUGUUACAGAAAAGGUUUGACAACAAGGUUGUCAUAAUUAACACGCACAUAAGGGGUAUUAUGGAAUCGCCUUCCAUAAAUAAAGGUGAUGGGGCACAACUUAGGGCUUUUUUAACAUGCAUAAGACAGCAUCUAAAUUCGCUGCGUGCACUGAAAGUGCCCGUAGAUGAAUGGGAUAUUCUAUUAGUUUAUAUUUUGGCGAAAAAAUUAGACUUUCAAACGCACAAGGCAUACGAGCUUGAAAGGGAUGAUACAGGGUUGCCAACAAUAGCAUAUUUUCUUAACUUUUUGGAAAAGCGUUGCACUGCGUUAGAAAAUAUUACGGGUGCGGGAUCUUCGGAUAAUGAAAGGGGUUUUAAGCAAAAAGCAAAACAGUCUUUUUUAGGUAUACAGGGCGAGAGGGCAAAACAAGGCUGCGCGUUUUGCAAACGGGAAAACCAUUUAAUUUCUAAAUGUUUUAAAUAUAAAGGGUUAACGUUAGAGGAAAAAAGGGAAUUUGUGAAAAAUAACAGACUUUGUUAUAAUUGCUUAAGUGACGGACAUUCGGUUGUAAACUGCAAGUCAAUGGGAUGUAAUAUUUGCAAACGUAAGCAUAAUACAUUAUUACAUUCAAAUGACCAGGAAAAUAACGGGCAAACUAAAAAUACACCUGAAAGGGAAAAUAAAAACAAUUUACAAACUAGUAAAGUUGUUAAGUAUACGGGUCCAGAAGAACAAACGGUUGUUUCAAAUAACACAACAUUAAUUUCUCAAGGGUUUAAUAAUAAUUUUCAAAUUUUAUUGGCAACAGUCAGGGUAACAGUGACAACUGGGGAUGGACGUAAAAUACAAGCGCGUGCGUUAUUAGAUUCUGGGUCACAAACGAGUUUUGUAACUUCUGAUUUCUUGAAAAAGUUAAAUGUAAAUGUUUAUCAGCAAACUUUAAAAAUUGGAGGUAUAGGUAACAAUAUCACUCAGGUAAACAAAAUGGUAGAUCUCACACUGGAAUCUAGGGUCCAUACCAACUGUAAAUUCGAGGCUUCGUGUGCUGUUUUGGACAGGAUAACCUGGCCGCUUCCUCAAACCUUAGUGGACACAGGUAAGUUCAAGAUUCCUGACAAUGUUGAGCUGGCGGAUCCAUUCUUUUAUGAACCUGCUGAGAUAGAUAUGUUGAUUGCUUCUGAUUUGUAUUUUGAAUUAAUUCUUCCGGGGUUGAUCAAGUUAGGGACUGGGCUUCCGCUGUUGCAAAAUACCAAGUUUGGUUGGGUUGUGUGUGGCAGUGCUCCUAUAAAGUCAUCUAAGGUCAUGCAAGGAUGCAAUUUAAAUGUGUCACUGCACUGUCAGUCAUUAGAUAACAUCAAUGAGCUUAUUCCUAAAUUCUGGCAAUUGGAGGAACUUUCUAAGGAAAAAAUUUUGACUGGAGAAGAAAAGUUGUGCGAACAAAGGUUUGUAGAAUCAGUCAAACGCCUGGAAAAUGGGAAGUUUCAGGUCGACUUGCCAUUUCGGCAAGAAAGGGAUUACGAAAAGUUGGGUGACUCGCUGGGGACAGCAGUCAAAAGGUUUCACAGUUUGGAAAAAAGGUUUCAACGUGAUGCAAAGUUGUUUUUAGAUUACAAACAGUUCAUCGACGAAUAUGUUUUACUUGGGCAUGGUAAAUAUGUUAAUUUUGAUCUUGGGCAAAAGGAGUUGGUAUCUAGACAUUUUUUACCUCAUCAUUGUAUUAUAAAAGAGCUGAGUUUAACAACAAAGCUCAGGGUGGUCUUUGAUGCUUCUUCAAAAACAUCAAGUGGGUUGUCAUUAAAUGACAUAACACUAAAAGGGUUUUCUGUUCAGCCUGAACUAUUUGACAUCUUGUGUAGGUUUAGAACAUAUGGUUUUGUCAUCAUUGCAGAUAUUCAGAAGAUGUAUCGGAUGAUUCAGGUCAAUCCAAAACAUACAUUUCUGCAGAAUAUUUUGUGGCGAGAAUUUCCAGGGGAAGAGUUUAAGUGCAUCGAACUUCAGACGGUGACGUAUGGAACGAAUUCAGCUCCAUAUCUUGCAACUCGUUGUUUAAAACAUCUUGCAAUUGACAAGGCACUUGAGUUUCCUUUAGCUUCUCAAGCUAUACUGCAGCAAUGUUAUGUGGAUGACAUAUUAGGUUGUGUGAACACAAAGGAGGAAGGGAUACAAUUACGGGAACAGCUUAUUGGUAUGUUAAAAUCUGCAGGCUUUCUACUUCACAAAUGGGCGUCGAAUGAUAAUUCAAUAUUAGGUUCGCUUAAAAAUAAUUUGGGAAAGGAGGUCGACAUUAACGAGGAAGGGGUAUCCAAUAAAGUACUUGGGCUUUCUUGGUGUCCUAUAAAGGAUAAAUUUAAGGUUUCGGUACCGUCUACUAGGCAGUCAAGUAAAGUUACAAAAAGGUAUGUGCUCUCAAAUAUCGCACAGAUGUUUGAUCCGUUGGGAUUUAUAGGUCCUGUUGUAGUGACUGCGAAGUUAUUCAUGCAGGAAAUUUGGGCGGCUAAACUUGACUGGGACGAGGAGCUUCCAACCAACUUAAGGGAAAGAUGGGUUUUAUUUUCAAAUAGUUUCAUACAUUUGCGUAGUUUGCAAAUUCCUAGGUACACGUUUUUGUCUAACCAGUUGGUGUCAGUUCAAAUUCACGGGUUUUCAGAUGCAUCUAUGGCAGCCUAUGGUGCUAAUAUCUAUUUGAGAGGUAUUUACUCAAAUGGAAAAAUUUCGUGUCAUUUACUUUGUUCAAAAUCUCGGGUAUCACCAUUGAAAACCAUAACUCUACCUCGCUUAGAGCUUUGUGGGGCGUUGUUAUUGGCUAGAUUAAUUCAUAAAAUCAUGUCAAUAAUAACCAUAAAGGUUGACAAGGUUACUUUGUGGACAGAUUCGAUGAUUGUCUUGUGCUGGUUAAAUUCUCCGCCAAAUCGUUGGGCAACUUUUGUUGCUAACAGAAGUUCAGAGAUUCAGGAACUUACAAGCAAUUUUUUAUGGCGUCAUGUCAGGUCGGAGGAAAACCCAGCUGAUCAAUUGUCAAGGGGCAUUUCACCUUCGGAUUUAAUAUCCAGUAAACUGUGGUGGCAUGGUCCUAAUUUCUUGAUGGAUUCUAAUUUAGAUCUGGGUAAAGAGUCUGAAGGGUUUGAAGUUGAAUCAAUGCCGGAACAGAGAAAGGUAACUCUAGUUCAAGCAGGGCAAAUUAAGGUGUCACCAAUAAAUUGGGUUAAAUUUUCUAGCUUUUCACGGUUGCAAAGAUCUUUGGCUUAUUGUCUUAGGUUCAUCAACAAUGCGAAAACCGGUAAUACAAAGGUUUUUGGCCCUCUGACUAUUCAGGAGUUAAAAAAUUCGCAUAACAGGAUAAUACAGUUUGUUCAGGAAGAAGGUUUUGCUAAAGAAAUUUCGUGUCUUAAAUCUCACUCUUCUCAGAAGGACGGGGAGGGAACAAAGUUAGCAGCAACUUUAAACCAAAGCGAUAUUAGGAAUUUAAAUCCAUUUUUGGAUGGAUGUGGGUUAUUAAGAGUCAAUGGAAGACUUGCCAAGGCAGUUGUUCACCAUGAUCAAAAAUUUCCGAUUUUAUUGCCAGCUAAACAUCAUGUGACUAACUUAAUCAUUAGACUUGAACACAUCAAAUUAUAUCAUGCAGGGGCUCAUACUGUAUUGGGCAGUAUACGGAUGAGAUAUUGGCCAGUUAAUGGGUUAAGGCAAGUGAAGUCAGUCUUAAAAAAUUGUACUAUUUGUUUUCGGUUGAGGGCUAAGUCCUCAAAUCAACUCAUGGGAUCGUUACCAUUGGAGAGAACAACAAUUUCCAGACCAUUCUUAAGGGUAGGGGUAGAUUUUGGGGGGCCCCUAUUUGUCAAACAAGCCAGACUGCGAAAAAGUACAACAACGAAGGCUUACAUAGCAUUGUUUGUAUGUAUGACAACGAAGGCCAUACAUAUCGAAUUGGUUUCAGAGUUAUCAACACAAGCGUUCCUACUAACGUUAAAAAGAUUUAUUGCUAGGAGAGGCAAUCCUAUUUCCAUUCACAGUGAUAAUGCGACAAAUUUUCAGGGAAGCAAUAAUGUUUUGAACGAUCUGUAUAAAUUCUUUAGGUCUUCUUCUAAUUUAAAUUCAAUUCAGGAUUUUCUGAGCACUAGGGAAAUUGAGUGGAAGUUUAUACCACCAAACAGUCCCCACUGGGGAGGACUCUGGGAGGCAGGUAUAAAGUCGGUAAAAUCUCAUCUUCAUAAAAUAGUAGGAUCUUCUGUGUUAACAUUUGAGGAACUGACAACGGUCUUGGCACAGAUAGAAGCGAUAUUGAAUUCUAGGCCGUUGUGUCCAGUUUCUGCUGAUCCAUUGGAUUUCUCGUGUUUAACACCCUCGCACUUUCUUAUAGGAGAACCACUGAUGAGCUUUCCGGAACGGGAUGUUACUGACGUUCAGGAGAACAGAUUAAAUCACUGGCAGCGUUGUUCGCAGAUUCAGCAGCGUUUUUGGAAACGGUGGUCUGCUGAAUAUUUAAAUCAACUUCAAGUUCGGUCCAAGUGGCUUUCUCCAGAGCGGAAUCUUGAAGUCAAUCAGGUCGUCCUUGUUAAGGAGGAUAAUGUUCCUCCGAUGAAGUGGCUUCUAGCUCGCAUUAUAGAAACAAUGCCUGGGUCUGACGGUAAGGUUUGUGUCGCCAAGAUAAAAACUAAGGAUGGUGAAUUUGUGCGGCCCAUCACGAAGUUGUGUCCCUUACCUUACGAUUCUAGUUGA